AUGACUUUACUACCUCCGACACCGGAACAACAAAAAAUAAUAAAUCAAGAAAUACCGCCUGAUCCUGAAAUUAGGCGCAAAGAUGUCCAAGCACUGCGUGAGUGGUUGAUGAAACAGCCUCAUUUACCAAAACAUAUGGACAAUGACAGACUGGAAAAAUUUUUAUUUGGUUGUAAAAACAGUAUCGAGCGUUGCAAGAUGAUUUUAGAGAGAUAUUUCACAGCGAGAACCGCGCUUCCGGAAUUUUUUUUGCAGAGAGACCCGAUGUCACGUGAUGUGCAAGAAUGCUGCAAAGUCAUCGAAUACUUUGUGUUACCAUCGCUAACAGAUGAAGGCCAUCGUGUGACAGUAUUGCGCUUGAAAGACAAGGAUAUCAAUAAGUUUUCCGUCCAAGCAAUUACAAGGCGUAUACUUAUGGUAAUGGAUACAAGAUUAACAGAGGAAGCUUGUCUUUCAAAUCAGAUGGUUUUUGAUCUUGAGGGAUUUACGGCAGCGCAUAUCGCUAAAUGUAGCCCUACACAAGCGCUAGUAAGAAAAGCAAUGCUCGCUGCCCAAGACAGUAUGCCAUUACGUUUGCACAGAGUUUACUUCUUAAACGCUCCGACAUUUAUUCACAAUCUUCUCAAUAUUUUCUACCCUCUACUCAAGCCAAAAUUAGUUGAAAAGUUCCGUAUACAUACGGGAGGCGACGCGUGGAAAAAAAAGAUUGAAAAAUACCGAGAUUGGUUCAAAGAAGAAGAAUCAUUGAGCAAAACUGAUGAAAAAGUGAGGAUGCCAACUUCUUCUUCUUCAUCUUUCACACGUGAACUUAGCGGAAUUCAAGGAUCAUUUCGGCAGCUUAAUAUUGAUUGA